AAAGUGCGAGAAAUAAAUUAAAUGAUAUUGAUUAUCGGCAUUGGUCCUGUACUCCGGUUAUCAGGACAGUGGCCAAAUGGGCAAUCGGUGGAAUAAAAAAACAGAAUGAUAAUAAUAAUAUGAUAUUUAUGUACAGACCAAGACCGUGGUACAGACUAUAUGGAAAUCUGUGUAUUAAUUAUUGUUAUUAUUAUUAUCACCAAAAUGUAUAUCAUAUUAUUAUCAUCUACCAUCACGGUGUUCUGUAGACGUGUAGUCACAGAUUUCUAUAUAGUAGUAUAUAUAUAGUUUAUAGUAUAGUAUAUAUAUAUAGUUCUAUAUAGAAGUCUGUGAGUGUAGUAUAGAAGCACAGAAUAUAACAAUAGAAGUCUGAGGUUCUGUACUGAUAGUACCCAUAGUGGUCACCGGUUGACGACAAUGAUAAUAGUACCAUACUACGAUAUUGUUCUAUGCUACGAUCGUCGAUCACUCGCCGAGUUAUUGCCUGAGUUGUGAAUUCUACACUACCUGUCUACCCGUUCUAUUCGUUAUUCGUUAUUCGAAUUUCGAUUUAAAUACUUGAAAUAAUAAAUCGAUUAUCGAGGGUCGAUAAAAAUACGACGACCAAAGAAUAAAAACUGAUUUUGUGUUUUUCAUAACUGACUAGUCGACACCGAUCCACCAUGUACAAAUGCGGAAUACAUUCUAUAGUGCAUGUCACUGCACCAACAAUUGAAUUAGCAAAAAGUUUGGCUCGUGGUCUUAUAACGAAGGAUCUUGCAGCUUGUAUAAACUUGAUUCCUAAUGUUACAUCAAUUUAUAAAUGGAAGGGUGAAAUAAUCGAAGACUCCGAAAUACUGAUGGUUAUUAAAACACGAACUUCAAGAAUAGGAGAUUUGACUACUUAUGUAGAGUCUCAACACCCAUAUGAUGUCUGUGAAGUAAUUUCUACUAAAAUAGAAAAUGGUAACAAUUCUUACAUGAAAUAUAUAUCAGAAUGUGUACCAGAAGCUUCUGAAAAUUAGUUAUUAAGAUAAACAAGACUGAUUUAUCUCAAACCAAAAAUUAAAACAAUAAAUUAUGUCUGAACUGUAUUAUUUGAUAAGAUUAUUAAUAAUUUAACUGAAAAUUAUUGUAUAAAUGUUGAACUUGGCUACAACUUUAAUAAUAUUGUAUUAAAAUUAAACACGAUUAAUUUUCAUCUUUGUAUUUUUCAAAACAUUUCUAUAACUGAAUUUAUAUUAAUAAAUGCUUGUAUAUAAAUACAUAAAAAUAGGUACCUAUAACAUUUUUCGAUACACAUAUAAAUGUAAUAUUAUACUUAUUGAAUUGUGGUACAAUAAUGUUUUAUUAUACAAGAUAUUUUUUAAUAGCCAUGUUUUUUAAAAAUUAAUAAAUAUUAUCAAUUUCUAGUAACCAAUAUGUUUCACAUAUAAAUACAUAAAUGAAAAUAAUAUUUGUUACUUUUAGUAAUUUUAUUAAUAAUUUGUGCUUCUGCACUAUGAUUCUCCUUUUUAAAAUAUAUAAAAUUAUUGGUUUUAUUAAAAAAAUUAUAUAAAUAUAUAGAGAGCAAUAAGUUUAAUUUAGUACCAUGUAAAUAUUAGAAUUAAAACUAAUACAAUAAUAUAAUACUUUUUUAAUUUAUCUUUAUCAACUAUCAUCUUAUUCUGUAAUUAUAAUUAUGUGUAUGGUCUUCAACUUAAAUAGUUAUAUUAUUGUGUAUAAACACUAUACUUAAAUAUUUUUGUAAUUAAAUGUAUAUCAUUUUUUUUUUAUAACUAACUGAUAGCAGUUAAUAGACAUUUUAUACAAAUAUUUUUAUGAAUGUUGAAUGUUUCAUUUUCAUUCAAAAAAUAGACAUUAUUUCAAAUUUGUAUCUUGAAUUGGGUAGUCCUCUUGUAUGUUAUUUACCAACAAUUAUUCUAUGUUAUAUUGUUAUGUAAUUUAUGUUACCAUAGACCUCUAACUGAGUCUUAACCAGACCGGGAAAUUGUGGCUGCUAUACCUAAAUUAAUUAUAAAUUUAAUUGUUGUUCCUUAUUCUUGAUAUGCAAUUAAUAAUUUGAGGCUAUCUUUACAAUUAAUUGAUGCAUCAGCUACACUUGAUGAGAAUAUUUUUGCAACCAAACGCACUUUCAUUUUCUCUUUUAGAAAAUUAAGGUGAUAUGAACAAAUUUUUGUUACAGUAUGUAAUUCCAUUUAAUUUUGCAUAUUAACAAACUGGAAAUAUUUUCAUUUAGUUGCUUCAAGGUGUUGCGACAACAAUUAAGAGGACGUCGCACCCGCAUGUGUUGUCUCCAUCUUACUCCAUAGCAAAUUUGCGUUUAAAAGUUUCAAUAGGUUUCUGUCAGUUAUGAAUUU